UCAGUCUAUUUAUUCAAAGUGAACUGAGCUUUUGUGUUUCUGCAAAUAUUACUAUUACAAACUGUCAAACUUGGCUGAACUUCGGGAAACAUGGAACAAGUCGGGAACAAGUAUUUGUGCCAGGAUUAUUUCAGGCGUUUUUGGCUGUAGUUUAAUAAUCAGGCUUUGCAUUCUUCAAUGAACAUGCAAUUUGAGGAUGGUAUAUUCAUCAAAGAUUACAUCAGGAUGAUGGCGUAUAUGAUCGUGUUGUGUUUCACACUGGCAAUUUCAUUAUUAUUUUGGUUCCUUUCCAUAACUGCCAGCACAUACUAUGGUACUCUGCAGCCAGUAUCACCAUGGCGGUGGCUGUUCUCCGUGCUUGUCCCUCUUUUCAUCACAUUUCGAGCCUUUAAACGCAAGAAUCUUGAUCAUGGUGGUGCCAUAGGAGCGAUGCUGGUUGGCUUUGUUCUUACUAUGGCCAACAUGAGCUUUUUUGGAGCUUUGUUCACCUUUUUUGUCACGUCCAGCAAACUAACCAAAUGGAAGGGAGACAUCAAAAAACAAAUUGACUCAGAUUAUAAAGAAGGAGGCCAGAGGAACUGGUUGCAAGUUUUCUGUAAUGGUGGGGUUCCUACUGAAUUGGCCCUGCUCUAUAUGAUUGAAGUUGGUCCUGGAGAAAUACCUGUGGAUUUUGGGAAGCAAUAUUCCGCUUCAUGGAUGUGCUUAUCACUCUUAGGAGCCCUGGCUUGCAGCACAGGGGACACCUGGGCUUCUGAAGUUGGUCCUGUGCUUAGUAAGAGAAAACCCAGGCUCAUUACCACCUGGAAAGAUGUCCCAGCAGGUACCAAUGGCGGAGUCACUCCUGUUGGAUUAGUGGCCAGUGUUUUGGGUGGAGGCACAGUGGGAACAGCGUACUACUUCAUGCAGCUCCUGUUGGUAAAAGAUCUGCAUUUAGCAGUUCCUCAGUGGCCUAUCAUCUUGUAUGGAGCAAUAGCUGGUCUGUUUGGAUCUCUGCUAGAUUCAUUCCUCGGUGCAACCAUGCAGUAUUCAGGAUACGAUGAAUCCAUUGGGAAGGUUGUGAGUUAUGAGUCACCGAGCGUUAAAAGAAUAUGUGGGAAACCCAUCCUGGACAAUAAUGGAGUGAAUCUGUUCUCUUCUGUACUCAUAGCACUAUUCCUGCCUGGGUUUGCUUGGAUAUUCUAGGCUAGGCACUGAAUUUUAAGUUUAAUUGUGUAUCAUGUCCCUUUUAAGAUAAAAAGCAGUUUAUGCUAAAACAAUGCCAUUACCAUAACACCAUGGAUUUUUUUUUUUUUUAAUUUAAUCAAGCACAAUUUAAACUCCCAAUGUCUUUGUUUCUACGCAUUGUAUUGAGGCUUUCAAAAUUACUUUAAAGUUGAAAUGUGUAAUGUUAAAAUAUUUCACAUAGGAGAACAAAUAAAUUAUAUUAAUCUUGAAUUAUACUGACUCUCCAAGUAUUUCCUCUUGUGUGCCUCUAUGACUUUGGAAAGACUUGUGAUGGCAAAUAGGCAAAUAUUUAAGCAUUACAGCACGGUACACAGAGCUCAAAAUACUGUAAAAACCUGUCAAAGUCACAGACUACUAGAGCCAAGAAUAGUUUCUAGGCCACUACAGGUCCGAUCACUUCAUUACAUGCCCACUAGGCAAUUUUUUUCGUAGUCCAUUUCUUACAUAAUCAUUUUAAAUGAAUAGCGUUUUCUGUUUAUCACCAAAUGUAUGUGUCUCUGUGUAAGUGUCUAUGCCAUUUAUUACAGGUGUAGGUUCUGGUGUUUUGUGUAUGUCAGAGAUCAACACAUUCAAGUAUUCCAUUGGAAUGUAUGUGUACUUUGUGGAAUAAAGUACCCUUACACACAAAGCAUGCUAGGUUCUUCAGCCAUUCAACCAUCCCUUUCUGUUUACUGUCUUGAAUUAAAAAUAAUAAUUAUGAUUAUGAGCCAUUUGGUGAUUCUGAAUAUUUUUUUAAGUAUUUAUAUUUUGUUCCAGAUAUGUAAAAUAAUAGUGUUCAAAACUAACACUCGCCAAGCACCAAACGUGGGGUUGAAAUGGCUUUGGCAAGUAAAAUUGCAAAAAAAAGAGUAAAAUUUCAAGGAAGUAAAAUUUCUAAUUAAGAAAAUAACAUGCAUUACAGGUAAAGAUGGUAAUAGCUGCUCCUGCUCCAGGUUACCUAUGCAAACAUAUUUUACAUGUAGCCUAGAUGAUGUUUGGAUAUUACAACAAAACCAUAUACUAACAAAUAGCAUGUUUACACAGACCCAUAAUGACCCAUUCUGCUAUCACCUAAAAACACUGGAGCCUCAACUGCUUGUCACUGCAUUUAUGUACAUUUACUUUAGUUUGGAAUCUGAUUUAAGAUAGGAAGGCAAAUGUGGUCAAUUGGAACACGCCUAUGGUGUGCUACAUGGAUGAUGUUUUUGUGUAGGCCAAACCUGUGGAUCCUUCAAAAAGAGACACGGCAACAAUCACUAAAGUAAAAGCUAAAGUUGAGCUAUAUGCAAACUACACCACAGUUGUGUAACUUAAACGACACCACCAUUAAAGCUUCUGACAACUCUUUCAAUCUUUAAAAACAUGUUCAUUGAUCCACUGUGCACUUCUUAUAUUGUGGAUGAGUCUGCCCCCCAACUUUUUUUGGGAAUGUGUCCAAUGCUGUAUUAUUUUGAGAAAAUUCAGUUUGUUUACAUGCAUUUCUUUUAGAUUGUUUUUCUUUGAUGUUGAAUAAUGAUGUUUUACUUGGCUUCUGUAGUUUACUUUUUUUUUUAAAUAAAUGUACCUCCAAGAAC